CUUUUAAGCCUCAGUCUGGGUUAGCUUCGCUUCAGUGGGAACCUGCCCACAGCGGAGGCCGGUUCUUUCCGGCUCGAGCAGGUCCGGACCCUCCCCUCUGGCGGCUACGCAGUCUCGGAGGCUUGCUCGUAUAGUUCAGAGCCGGACAGCGAGCGGCGGCGGCUGCCACCAAGGUUUGGCUCCAGCAGCUGCUGUUGCCACCACCACUAGUUCAAGCACCAUGCAGUUUACCUCAGUAUCAAAUGCUUUGACCUCCACUGCUGCUAUUGGGCUCUCAUUUACAACUUCAACGACUACCACCACCACUUUCACCACCAACACUACUACCACAAUCACCAGUGGCUUUACUGUGAACCAAAACCAACUGUCAUCAAGAGGGUUUGAAAACCUUGUACCUUAUACUUCAACUGUUAGUGUAGUAGCAACUCCUGUGAUGACAUAUGGUCACCUGGAGGGUCUUAUAAAUGAGUGGAACCUUGAGCUGGAAGAUCAAGAGAAGUACUUUCUUCUCCAGGCCACUCAGGUCAAUGCUUGGGACCGUACGUUGAUUGAGAAUGGUGAGAUGAUUAGUAUUUUACAUGGAGAAGUGAACAAAGUGAAACUGGAUCAGAAAAGGUUGGAACAAGAAUUGGAUUUUAUCCUGUCAGAGCAGCAGGAACUAGAAUUUCUGUUGACUUAUUUAGAGGAGGCUACGAGCAACCAGAGUGGACUUCAUUAUCUGCAGGAUGCAGAUGAGGAGCGUGUGAAGAUCUCCACCAGAUCUGCAGAAUUCUGAAUGCCCAUAUGGAGUCUCUGCAGUGGAUUGAUCGGAAUUCAGACAUGCUGCGAAGGAAGGUAGAAGAGGUAACACAGGUUUUUGAGGAUCGUCUUCACAAGGAGCAUGCACGCGAUGUCAACACUGCUUUUCAUUGAAUGACCGUAUCUUCAGCAUGUCGUUUCUGGAUUAUUACCUACAAAUUCUGAUGUUAAAUAGAGUAGUAUUUAUACUUAAUAUUUCAUCUUGAUCGUAAAUGAAUUGUACAUCUUUUUUUUCAUUUAAAUAUUGUACUGUUGAGAAUUAUACCUUAGUUUUUAGUAUUAGAAAAUCAAAAUUAUACUAACCCCUUUGUCCAGACAGCAACCUCUUAGAUGUUGACCCUGUAUGUGUAAUUUAUGUCUUACUCUCCCUGGCAUCAGUACACAUCAUCCUUCUCACUCCAGUUGAAUCGUAGGGUGAUGUUUGCCAAAAGUACAUGCCAACAUAUAUAGUGCUAGAUACUGUAAAGUCUCUUCUUCUUAAAGGAACCUCCUCUCUAGUUUGAGAUAUAAUUAAUGCUUGUCUGUAUAAAAACAAUAUAGAUAAUAUAAAGAAGUACAGUAUGAGUUAUAGAAAGUGUGUUAUAGAGAUUCAGAGCAGGGAGGACAAGUUAGGGUAGAUUAUUAUUAAAAGGUUAAGGAAAGGUAAGUUUCAAGGAAUUCGGUUAUUUUUAAUGUAUGGCUAUACUGGCAUUUUAUUUGGUUUUAGCAUAUGAUUUAUAGUUGGUGAUUUCUGUGUAUUUGUUUGUUUGCUUUUUUUUUUUUUUUUUAAUAAGCCUUCUUCUUAGGUUUGGAACAGUGUGUUCUCCUGUGUUUCAUGUUUCACCUAAGUCAUAAAUAAAGGUAAUGUCCUGAAAAAAAAAAACACGUAAUACUGAAGUUAACUAUUAAAAUUUUUAAGUGGAUAGAGCUCAGUCACCUAGAAUUUACUGAGCUAAAUUUUCUGUUGUACUGAUUGUACGCGACCAUCCUGGCAGGUACACAUUACACGAAGAAAUAUUUUUGAAAUGAAUAUUAGCCAUGAUCAGUCUUAUGAGCAGACUAAAUGCCAAAAUUGACAUGGACUCUUUUUUUUCUACUCAAACUUUUCCAAGCAGCAGCUUCUUAUCCAGGAAGUUUUUGUAACCACGCAGAAUUAUAGAAUGUGAAAGUAAUACAGAACUCGUAUAAUCUUGUGGAUUAUUUCUGUAGAUAAACACAACUUUUAAGUAUAAUCUUUAGUACUCUCUAAUUUUUCAGUUCAGUAUUAUUACUCUUAUACCCUAGAUAAUAGUAAUACUAAAGACAUUUUUUCCCAUUGCUUUUGGAGAUUCAACUCUUGUAAAGUAGCCUGCGUACAAGUUCUACAUUCAGUAAUGAGAAUAUAGUGUAUCACAGGAAACAGUGACUCUAAUCUUGUUCCUGCCUAAUUAACUGGACAAAUAAUUUCAUCUUGGGCAUUA